AUGAUCUCGGAUUCUUCGGCUCCAAUGGCGUCGUGCCUUGCCAACUCUGUCACCUACAACACCACCCUCUGCGCGUGUGCCCCCGGCUAUGUGCUCCAGGGCGGGAGGAACACUUGCGAGCUCUUCGCGGGGAACUCCACCAUCACCACCGACUCCGGCGUUGACUACUAUGCGCUCAGCUUCCCCGAGACCCUCUUCGCCUUCGACUCCAUCAAGAAGUUCACGCAGUCGCAGGCUGUGUUCUUGGAAGCCACACUCGUGAUGCUCCUCUCGUGGCUUCUUUUCUGCUUCUGUCUGAGGUUCUCGAAGCUCGGUGAUGGAAGGAACGUUUGGUUCAAAAUCAGGUGGUGGAUCAGUAGGUUGGAUAUUUGCUUUGCCACCAGGCACUGGCUGGUUAGUUUUGGUUUGCUUCGUUAUGUUCUUCCUUUCUUGGGUUUCGUGAAUUGUGGUUGUGGUUUAGAUGAUCAGAAAGUGGUGACCAAACGCAAAACAGAACUUGGUGGAGCUUUCUCCAUAGCAAGUUGGAUUCUAUUUAUUGGUUUAUUUGCUGCGUUGCUGUACCAGAUCAUAUCAAAGAGAUCAAUUGAGGUGCACAAUGUAAGAGCAACAAAUGGACCCGAAUUAACAUCUUUUAUCAAUGAUAUGGAGUUCAAUAUAACAACUGUGUCUAGUAUGAGCUGUGCAAAUCUACGGAAUCUGGGAAAUUUAGUUACUGGGAAUCCUGGCUCUAUUGACGAAAGAGUUGUUUCUCUGUCUACUUUAGGAAACUACAGUUGCUACAACUCAAGCACAGGUCCAACCAUAGUCCUCAAGUGUAGAAACUGCAAGGUCCACUAUGAUCAUAUGUUUAUUUCAUGGCAGUUUGUUGAUCUCCCCAAUAAUCCUGCCACUGCUGUUGGUUUUGAGUUCAAACUCACUUCAAUGGAUAUUGCUCAGAAACAUGUGAGCUUUGUUAGUGGAACGCUGAAGAAUGGAAGUGAUUUUAAUGGUAGCCCUCUUACAUUCAGAGGGAACCAAACAAAUAUUUUGAAAUUCAACUUGUUCCCUCGCAUAUACCAUAAUCUACAUGAGCUAAAGCUCAUACAGCCUUUAUUUCACGAGUUCCUCCCAGGUUCAGUUUCUCGGGAUACAAAUGAGCUUCGAGCAUCCCUUGAAAGGUCUGCCGAUGGACUGAUCAACACUACAUUGUUUAUCAAUUUCCUAUCUCAUUAUGUUGUGGAAAUCGAAAAGGAGAAUAUUUUGGGUCCUGUGAGCUUCCUUGCGGAUCUUGGUGGCUUGUAUUGUAUUAGCAUAGGCAUCUUUUUCUACCUGUUGAUACAGUGCGAGUAUAGGAUAAAGAAACUCAGAAAUGAAGAUAGCAUUUUGAGGAGAAUUAGAAAUCGGCGUAAAGCUCAAGAGCAUUGGGACAAACUGAGAAAAUAUGUAAUGUAUACCUAUGGCUGUACUGCAUUAGACGACAAGUAUAAUAACACCAGAAAGGAAACAGAUUGUGGUGGAUGUUUGUUGCAUUCAGUUCGGGGUAGUGGUUCAUCAAAUAAACGAAGGCUGACAAGCAGAAGAGAUUCUAUAAGUUUGUACAAGAAACCUGGCUCACAUGCUAACAAGUCAAUAACCUGCAAACCGCUUGGAUCCACGAACGAUUCCAAACUGCAUUCUGAAAACAUGGCAAAGCAGCAGAAUGUUGGUUCAUGCAAGGAUCCCCCUCAUUCUCAACCUCAAGAAUGUUCCAUUGUUGAUGACAGCUUCAUUCCUCCUCCACCUUCACUAGCAAUUAAGGAUGGCUCUGAAAUGGACUUGUCCGAUAUUCAGAAGAAUCUCAAAAAUUUGUACGAGUACAAUGUCAUGCUAAGGGACAAAUUAAUAGCUACACAAUCUCUGCUCAAUUCUUCCUCAUCUAAGCACACUUCUUCGGUAAACUCUUCAGUAAAUAACAAGGAAAGUUGA